CGCUGAUGUGCGAAGAAGCUGGUAUCGUUCCCCCUGGUGAAGAUGCGUACACCUCCCGAGCGCCUACUCCUCUUACUGCCGAGCAAACCCAAUGGGUUUUAGCACUCAUCGAAGAACGCAGGCAACAUGAAGCAUCUGCUGCCCUGCCACAAGGUACGUUAAAUGCCCUCAAAGCCGAACAACUACAUUGAAUUCCACCCACACUACCUUUCGGCCACCUCUCCUUUAGUGUCAUAUUUUCCAUUUUAUAUCACCAUG